AUGUGGCAGCGCAACAGACAUUAUCAUCAAUAUAUGCCUGUGCUGUCUCAAACAGCAGAUCUGGAGUCAUUUCCAACAUCGUGCUUGGGUUCCAAAAUUCGCUGGCGGUUCCACCUUAGUUCAGUCACGACAUUCAACAAACACGUCGCGUGCCAUUUUAUUCUUGGCGAGUUUAAUCAACAACUCACACUCCAAGAACGAGUCAGAAACAAUGCAAAUAAAUCUUUAUUCGUGUCCACCAAAGACGGGUCAGUGGUAGCGGAAUCGUGCUGCUGCUGUUGUUCGGGGUUGACGAAUGCUUCCAUGUCUCUCAUUCUAGUGCGCAUGGCGUUGGUUAGCUUCAUCAAUCACGCAGAGAUGAACAAACUGAAGGAGGUUCACGAUUUGGGGGAUUUAAUUGCUGUGAUUUGUGCGUUCUCAUUUUUACGUUUUUCAGAGGUUGCUCGUGGCUGGCGAAGUGGGGUUAUGGGUUUGAUUCUCCAUGAUGUUUACAGAAUUCAUGCUAUUCAAAUAGAUGAUUUGGAGAUAGAAAGAGAGUUACAAGUCAUUAAUAAGCCCUCUGUCAAGAGUAUUCAAACAGAUUUUGGAUAUAUUGUGGAUUGUGUUGAUAUUUACAAACAACCAGCAUUUGAUCAUCCUUUAUUAAAAGAUCACAAAUUACAGAAAGAAAAAUGUCCAAUAGGAACAGUUCCCAUUCGAAGAAUAUCAAAAGAUGAUAUCAUUGAAGGAAAAUCAUCAUUUUAUAAUCAAAGCCUAAGCCAAGAAUUUCUGGGUGCUCAUUUUGCUGAAGUAUAUCUGAAAUCAAAUCAUGGUCCUUAUUACAAAGUUACAGGAAGCAAUAGCAUCUAUAAUCCAAAAGUGUCAAGAGAUCAAACAAGCAUUUCUCAUAUAUGGGUUGAAAAUGGACCAGUAGAAAGCACUAACAAAAUCACUUUUGGAUGGCAUGUGGCUCCGAAAGUAUACGGUGGUAAUACUGCAACUGCUAUCUACUCUUCAUGGACGAGAGAUAAUUAUAAGAAGACAGGAUGCUACAAUCUGCAGUGUUCAGGUUUUGUUCAAAUUCAUAGAGAAAAAUACCUUGGUGCAUUCGUGCCUCGUACAUCUGUCGGAGGAACAAUAAUUGAGUAUACAUUUUCUAUCAAUCAGGAUCCGAAAACGAAAAAUUGGUGGUUAAAUCUUCAGAGAAAAGAUGAUAAGUGGGUUAAUAUUGGAUAUUAUCCAGCAAAAUUGUUCUGGAAUAUGUCAUCAGCUGACCAGGUGGGAUGGGGUGGAAGAACAGUUACUCUUUCUGGAACUCCGAGUCCUGAAAUGGGAUCUGGAUAUUUUCCAGAUCCUAACUUUGGUCGUGCUUGUUACUUUAGGUCGGUCUCCUUUCAAAAUGGAAAAAGAACAGAUCUUGGACCUCAAAAAGACAUGGUAAGCAAAUUUGUCGACAGAUCCAUAUGUUUCAAUGCGGAAUUCUAUGGGCAUGGAAGAACACAUGGAUAUUAUCUAGAAUUUGGGGGACCUGGUGGCAAGUGUGGCGAUUGAUCAUUAGUAGGAUAUAAUUAUCUACAGAGUUCAAAAAUCAAUGAAUAAAGCAUUUUGAUUCAUCCAUUGUAAGAAAUCAAGAAUCUUCAACGUUAGCUUGGAUUGCUUUAAUUUCCUGUUGGGCCUCGUUUUACUUUCUGCACCACGGGUUUCUCCAGCACAUCCAUCCCCCAUGUGUGUAGCUUUUUCUCAUUACACACACUUUUUAUGUACUUCCAUACUUUUAUUUCCAGUUUUGCCCUUUUUUUUUCAAAUUAAUCUCUACAUUUCACACAUCCUUACUUUUUAUUUUUCUCAUCUUUAUUUCCUUUUCUUUAGGUUUUA